AUGACAGCCCUCGCAAAAGCGAUUGCAGCAAUUGAUUCGCAAGAUGCAGAAGCUCCACUUUCAUACCGCGCAGCUGCAAAAAAGUUUGGUGUUGAGCUUACAACAUUAACGCGCCGGCACCAAAACAAAACACAGUCACUAGCAGCAGCUGCGCAAAAACGUCAAUUACUCACUCCACUACAGGAAUCUGAGCUAGUAAAAUAUAUAGAAAAACUA